AUGUUCCCAAUUCUUCGAUUGAAAAUAACCGGAAGUAUUCUUCGUCUUCUGCCAUAUGUUAAUUGUGUACUUGAUAAUGAUUUAUUUGAUAUUAACCUUGUUCAGAAAACAACUAAACGAUUUACAUUAACAUAUGGCAUGCAUCAAUGUGUUGCUAAAACAAAAUCAAUUAGCAAUCUGGUAUGCAUUGGUGAUUUAAUUUAUGCGCAAUUUAGUUAA